AUGACUCCCGUAGCGUUGUUGACGUGUUAUGCUGGCCUUCUCGCCAGCGCCGCUGCACCACACUUCUCAUCGGCGCUUUCCCUUCGCUCUGGCACAGCGACGUCUCAGCAAAACAGCCUCCACACAAAUUCACUCGUACCCAGUGAAGAUUCGGCGCAGGCGGCGACGCCGCCCACAGCCGAAGAGAAAACUGAUGAUUGUCUGACCACCAUCAACAAGCUGAGGAGCGAAAAUCUCAAGAGCCUGUUGGGAACCCUCACCGAGGCAGUGGAAAGUGAAGUGACUGAAAGCCUGAAAAAGAUCGGAAAAACGGAACCACAAAACCCCACUGCCAAGACAAUUGCAGUGAAGCUCGCGGGUAACGACAUCCAAAGUUGCGAAUCGGGCGAGAGCGCAAAAGCGACGACGUAUCCCGGACUCGUCAUUCCAUUCCCGCAUUCCACAAAUUUCGACUGCAACGCUUUGAUCCAGGCGACUUACACAGCCGGACUCGACCACCUCAAACAAUCAAAAUUCGAGCCAUCGACAGGAACGUAUGAUGCUGCACAAGCUCCAUUUGACAACAUAAACGCCGGCAACGUGGCGUUUCUGCUAUCGGCGGAAAGCACAAAGGUCUCAUGUGCCGCCACGAACAACUGCAAAGCUGGCUACAAUGUUUUAUUCUGCUACUUCAUAGAUCCACUUCAAAAGGGACAAAAGCCUUUUACAACUGAGCUUUACAAUGCCCUCUGGGGAUUGGAAGCAGGCGCAGCGUUCAUCUCGGCUCCCAGCGUCGCCACCGUUCUUUUGGUCCUCGCUGUGAUGAUUCGGCCUUGA